GUUGCCAGCCAACGCUCAACGCUGCGCCACGGGCAAACGGGAAACAAUUCAGCUUUAGGCAAGAGAAAAACUCAAACGGAGGUAGAAAACAAAAUCCGAUCCGGAUAAGAUCUUUCGAUGUAAACCCCAGUCCUCAAUAAGAAACACCAGCAACUAUUCUGUGAUAAGCAAAGUUAAGUGGGAGACAACUGAAGCUGUGAUAAACUCCCGGACAACUAACUACUCCUAUAGUGCCCAGCCACAUAUGUGACAUCGAUCAACAUGCAGCCAGUGCAACAGAUGCAGUGCGACCCAAUGUUUAGUAGUAUUGUUAGAAGAGAUUUUAAUGAUAGUGGAAUUGCCGAUGGCAAGUUCCGCACCAUUUCGACUUCGUCUUGCGCUACGAACAUGUCGAAUGAGUCCUACCGCAUCUCUCUCGGCGUAGGGCCUCUGUGGUGGUCCGAUGUCCCUGUCCACCACAGAACAGAUCACGAUAGGGCAUCGCUCUUAACGGGCUACAGCCGUAAGUCUUCGGUCGACUCGGCUGGUGGCAGCUUGUACGAGGCCAGUUCCCGGUCUUCAUCGCCCUCCUCUUCGUCAGAAUGCUCUGAUUCGGAGUCGCACAACGAUAUCCAUUCGUUGUGCUCGGACGAUGAUUGCCAGGAGGUGCUGCGCCAGAUCUUGCAACAUGACCAGCCGGUGCAGAUUUCCAUCAAGCUGCAUGUGACCGAAGACCAGUAUACGAAUUGGAUAUCGAUUUUGAACCCAGUAAACAACAUUCUAUAUGUCGCCUUCCCCAAGGAUCUACCGCCAGCUGGCUCCAAGGAGACCUUCCUCUCCUUGCUAGAGUUUGCCGAGGAUAAGCUUGAGGUGGACGGCAUUGUAAUGGCCAUGCGCAAAGACCAUCCGGAGCGCACACGUUUAAUUGAGGCGUUUUUGUUUAUGGGUUUUGAGCCAAUGUCUAGAAAGGCACCACAGGCCCCACCAUCGGCCAUUAAUGACAAAGAUAACUACUAUUUUCUCUACACCAUCGAGGGGUAGGUCUACGGCGCGAGAAACGAUUUCCGAAGCAAAGCAUAACCUUUAUAUUAUUACAACACCAAUUUAUCCACAAACUGCAAUAUAAGUGGCAGCAUCUGCAGAUAUUACACCACGCCACCCCACCCAGCAUCAUACAUACCACCUGACAUAUUGUUUCCAAUGUGUUCAACUCAAUGAAAGCAAAUUAUUUUUUUUAAACCUUGGUGUAUAUGUUAUCGAAAAUCGUUUUUUAACACGUUUUUAGAGCGGCCCGGACCUAAUUAUUGUGGUAGUCGUUUUAUAAUUCCCACUACUAAUCUAUUUUCCAACGCCACGUUAAGAGCAAGCUUAAAUUGUCCUAAACUAUUACAUACAACUAUAACCAAAAUAUAAAACCCAUAAAAAUGUAAAAAAAAA